AUGGCGUCUAGAUCGUUUAAAGGUGGAAGAAAAGGUCGCGGUGAAGAUCGUGAUAAGCAACUCCACGAUAAAGGUGGCGGCGGAGAUCAGGGAGAUGGUAGUGGAAAAGAACCCUAUAAUCCAACUGGAAAUUUGGAGGUUGAUUUUGGACAAAUGUGCUUGCGAGCAGAGAUAAAUACUAAAAUUGAAGUGGUCAUCCGCGGCAAGGCGCAACCACCCCAAUCUCAAGACCAAAGUAAUGAACCUCCAGGGAAGGAGUCCAAGGGUAGUAAAAAAGAUAGUGAUUCUAAAGGUCAUGGAAGAGACCAUGGAAAGGAAGAUAAGCAUAAAAGCUCGUAUGAUGAAGAAGGAUUUACAAGGCAUAGAUCAAAGGCAUCAUUGCAUAUUAUUAACCCUAAUCAGGGACAAGUUCAAAAUCAAGAACCUCCAGCAGAGCCGACAGAACCGCAACCGACAACCUAUUCCGUUAAGGAAAAGUUUGACUAUUUUAAACCUAAAAUUGAAGUAGAAUAUGAUAAUGAAGAUAACAAAAUGACGGCAAGAGAAGUUUAUAUCAGAGGCUGGCGCUUGGAGCUUCCAAUAAUAACAAUUCUUUCCAGUGCUUUACCAAAGUGUUCUCACCUGACGACAAUUAACUUAUGGAACGUGGGGUUAAAAGAUGAAACAUUAGCUGGCGUCGCAAGUCUGACUUUACUUUGUAAAAAUUUAAAGCAUGUACAUUUGGAUGGGAAUAAUGUUCCUGGACAACGUUUCUCAGCUUUUAUAACUCCUGAAAACUGCAAUAUCCAUACGUUAUCGCUUCGAAGCUGUGGAAUAACUUCAACUGGUGCUACCAUGUUGGGGCAUGCACUAUUUAAGAAUAAAAGCUUAGUAACGCUCGAUCUUUGCAAUAAUAAAAUUGGAUCGGAAGGUGCCAAAGCACUCGCUAUGAGCUUGCGUUUAAAUAGAACUUUACACUGCUUAAUGUUAGCGAACAAUGAAAUUGAUGACUCAGGAGGACUCAAACUAGCCGAAGUACUCAAUCGGUUCCCACUAACACACGAAGAAAUAGUUCAGCGUCGAUUAUUGUUGUCUAAAAAGAGCGUAUCAACUGAUGAUGGAACCCAUCUGUCUCUUUCACCACAUAAUCGCAAACAUGACGGUGGAUCACGCGAUAAUAGACCACAAACAUCACGCCAAAGUAUUCAUAUGUCGCCAAAUGAAACGAAGAUUCGUGAUAAACCAAAACCUAAGAAAAAAGAAAGCAAAUCCAAAGAUGACAAAAAUAAAAAGGAUGACUCAAGAAGCAAGAAAUCAUCUGGUGGCGACUCAUCUAGUAGACCCAAAAACAAGAAAGCUGCAUCGAAUCGAAGUAGUGAGAAAAAGGUCGUCCAACAGGAACAUGAGCCUGAGCAAAUUGAGUUGACAAAUCCCCUUAUGGAACCGAUCGUUGAAGAAAAUGGAGAAAUUUACUUACGUGGCAAUCGAACUCUGAUCCAUUUGAAUCUUUCAAGAAAUAAAUUAGGAGAAGAAUCAAUUAAAGCAUUUUGGGCAGCUGUUCAACACCAGUGUAAUCUCAUUCCACCAACGGACGGCCAUGUUAUAGUUAAUAACAAAAGUGCACCAGGUUUACUUCGAUUAGCAUUGCAGCGUAAUAAAGUCGAUCCAUCAUCAAGUGAAAUUAUGAAAUUGUUAGUGGCUAAAAUGCUGACUCGAGAUCCAAAUUAUGUGCCACCUCCUGAAGAAGUUAAAAUGAAAUCGCAAGAAGAUUCAUAG